GUGUAGCGUGACGGGCUGGCCCGUGUCUUUAACGACGCAACUACUGAACAAAGGAAGCUAAGAAUUGGGGGGUUGAUGGCAUUGGUGCGAGGCUCGGAGUGUCGCACCGGAUUCCAACUGAGGGCCAACCGGACAGUCAGAACCUCCAUGGUACUGAUGGCUGGGGUGCGAUGCGGCCUCCCGGAGAGUAUGAAUGCCGGAUAUGCUCGCAAGGCAGGUGGCUCUUCUCGCUUUCGCACCUCGACGCUCGUGUCAUUUCGUCGUCAUAUGUUUGGGAGAUGGGAGGCCCGUAUUGGGCCAGGUCAACGUUGUGCCGGUUCGUUGUCCGAAAAAAUGCCCGCCCACAACAUCAGGAGCAUACUCCCCCAUUCACACAAUCAACAACAACAGAUCGGCGCCGCUGGAUGGCGGCGGACUUUUGAUGGUUUUUACGCUGGUCAAAAACCUCCCCGGGGGGGCUCGUCAUGUCCUCGCAGCCACAGUGCCCUCCCGAUUACGACAUUCUCCGCAUGACGGAUUCGCCAUGUUCCUCGGCCCGUUGCGGACUUGGAGGCUGGCUACUAAGUAUUUGCUCCCUCGGAGACCAUGGCUGCGGUGUAACAUCGGCCGUCGAGCACGGUAUGCACGCCGUGCGCCACCCCGCUCCCAUGUUGCGAGUGGACCACCGAACCCCCCCCCCCCCGCGCGCGUACAGGUCGUUGAGGUUUUUCCAAUAUGACGAAGCUCGACCCCGAACUGCCGCCCCCUCUGACAAGAGAACCUGAGCGACAUGAUGCAUCAGUUUCGGCGGCACGAUGCCGGGGGAAAACAUCAGGCAUACUCAUGCCUCACUCACCCGCCUCACCCGCCGUUACCUGUCAGACA